AUUAUUGACCUACAUACCUUCCUCCUAUCCAGUCCCGGUGUUCCAAAUUUGACCACCCAAAUUCUCUCUCACCACACAACCCAUAACGACGUCAUCGAAGACCCACCGAAUACCAUAUCAGAAUGCCUUCCUCUCAGGACUCGGGCGUCACUGGCGCAGCCAAAUUCGUCACCUCGACGCUGGGUAACACGGUCGGGGGCGUCUCUCGCACGGUGGGCGGCGUGACGGGGGCCGCCGGACGCGGCGUCGGCGACACCAUCACCGGCGCGGGGGGCAGCGCGGGGAAGCCCAUCGGCGACGCGCUGGGCAGCUUGGGCAGCGGCGUGGAGGAUGGAGCCCGCCGAGUUGCGCGCGGGAUCGAGGACGCGGGGCAGUGGAAAUGAUGAACGUGGGAAGGGGGCGGCCGCCGAAGCUGGCGAAGAAAGUGAAGCAGGAGGAGCGGCCGGAGAAGCAGAGCGGUGUACAACGAGUGGCUUUCGGUCGCGAUUCUUGGGUUGAUCGCGUUGAUUCCCGUCAUUCUUUUUCUGUGUAUUCGCCGGAUUAUCGUCUUUUUUAAUGGUUGAGCUAUCCCGGCGAUGGCUGUUAUGAAUUAUUUUACUUACUUACUUCGAAUACUCUCAUGCAAAGGUCUACCCU